UAGAAAAAGGGAUGCUAAUUUAUUUUCAUAUAAUUAUGCUGAUCGAAGAAAACAAAACUGAAACUGCAUACGAGUACAUAGGUUAGGCCAUUCAGCACAAAGUUGCCAUCCAGUCUUUGUAGGUGAUCAAAAGGGAAGUUGAUUUAUUUGUUUGUAGAGUCAGAAAUACUUUGUCAGUAGUACCUGCCAUAUACAGUUUGGCAUCAGUUGAAUGCGUGCUAAUCUUACUUGUUUAUUUAACCGGCCGUUUAGUUACAAAAGGCGUACGUGCGGCCAUCAGUGAUGAGAGGAGAGCAGACUGCAGAGAGAGUGGCCGGCAUCGUGGUCACAGCGAGAGCGCGACGAGGAUGGCCUGGCGGCAGCGGGCGCGCGCCGUCUCGACGCGCUCCCUGACGGUCUCCUCCUUGACGGCGGCCCUGACCAUCUCGACGUCCAUCUCCACGAGGCGGAGGACGCGGAAGAGCUCCGUGACGACGCGCUCCUCGACGCCGCCCUCGGCCACCAGGAUCUCCGCCUCCUCCCGGGCGCGCUCCGUCACCACGCCCGCCACGGUGCCCAGCAGCUGCCCGGACCCGUACCGGCCGCGCGCCAUCAGGCCCUCCAGCUUCUCCAGGAAGUCGGCGACGGCCCACCCGCGGGGCUUCUCCAGGGGCAGCUCCUUGGUGCGCUUCCACCCGAUCUCGUAGUUGGGCGGCUCCUCCUGCGUCAGCGCCGUCCGCCGCCGCCGGUCCGGGGAGAUGGCGGACGGCACCCGCCGGGCCACCGCGAAGGAGGUGGUCGCCGCCGCCGCCGCCGGGGUCUCCUCGUCGGGGAUGCUGUUGGGGUUGGCGUUCGCCUCGUCCGGAGUGGCCGCGCCGUUGAUGGCCUCCUCUUGGCUGGGUUUCGGCGUGGAGGUUGUUGCCGGUUUGGGCGCGGCGGUGCAGCGAACGGUGGUGGUGCUGAUGGCGGGAGCAGCGGGGAGGUGAGGCCUGCGGGCGGAGAGGAAGGGUUUGGGGGGCAGUAGGGGCCGGAGGAAGGAGGUCGCCAUGGCGAACUGAAGUGGAUGGAUGGCUGUGGGAUUUUUUAGGGAGGCGACAGAUAAAGAUAGGCUUGGAGAUAAGAAGCUUGUUUUAUCGUGCGGCGUCAGAUGCCUCUCACCGCCUCCUGUCUUUGGCCGAAAAGCACAAGUCCGCCUCCCGUUCGUAUUCCACCAUCGUCUUCCACCUUUACUCCACCGCUUCUCGCCGCCUCCUCGAUCGACCUCAGCUCGCCCUUCUGCAAUUCCUUCCACCAUGGCAUCAUUCUUCUUCGUCCUACCGGAUCUAAGAUCUUCUUUCCUUCCGCGCCACCUCUCCCGUGAGUGCCGGCAGUGGCUCAUUUCCUACCCCCCUCUCCAUUGCAUGAAGACAGUGAAGGUACUGUCUUCAUGCUCUGGCCUUUUGCAGGCAGUUCAUUCAGUACUUCAGUUGUGAUUAUGUUGCCUGAAGAAAACAAAAUUGAAAUUACAUGUAUGGUUUAGGCCAUUCAGCACAAAGUGUGCCAUCUAUUCUUUCUAGGUGAUAGAAAAAGGGAAGUUAAUUUAUUUUCAUAUAAUUAUGUUCAUUGAAGAAAAGAAAACUGAAAGUGCAUAUAUAGGUUAGGCCAUUCAGCACAAAGUUGCCAUCCAGUUCCAGUUUUCUAGGUGAUCAAAAGGGAAGUUGAUUUAUUUGUUUGUAGAGUCCAUUGCAGAGAAAUACUUUGUCAGUACCUGCCAUAUACAGUUUGGCAUCAGUUGUCUGCCCCUGAUCUUCAUUACUGUUAAUUAUGGAGUCUGCUGAAGGAUCGGUUGUUUUCUUCUUGAACGCUCUAUCCAAACGGGGUAGGAACAUUUUCCAUUGUUGUUGUCGUCUUACAUGUUCGCACUUGUUGCAGUGUCAUUUUGACGACACUAGUGAUUUUGCUUUACUAGUCACCCAUUCAGAUUGCACUAUACUACACAUAGCAGAUAGUAUGCACAAACAUUUUAUCAUUCAUCUGCUGUCCUUGGGGUUUCGAAAUUCGAACUGUCUCAACAUAUAGAGAAAAUACCUUCAGUACAACUGACCAGUUGGAAAACCCCAAUACAAUUUCAGACUAGCAGCUCGAACACAUUAGUAUGACCUAUGGAGAUGGUUGGUACUGAAUGCUACAUGAUCAGAAAAUUCUUAGCAUCUGUUCAUUUUCGUGCCGAAACCGGUUUGUGGAGAAGUACUGUAGUAUGCAAAAAGAAGGCCAAUUUACACUUGUCUGUUUUGUUUACAAGUUCAGGUAGGAUCUCAACCACAACGAGUUGGCUGGAAGCUGACAAGGACAUGCUGUGAGUACUCUCCCAAUACUUAUAGGAGGCAAGCAAAGUAUGAGCAACAACCACAGAAUGUUGAUCUUCCAGAAUUACAACCAAAAAACAAAAAGAAACCCUUUCCUGUUCCAAUUAAAAAGAUGUUGCAAGAUUCUCGGCGAGAUAAGAGGCUUGCACAAAUGCGGAUAGAGAAGCCUCUUGAAGCCCCAAAGAAUGGUUUACUUGUGCCGGAGCUUGUUCCUGUUGCAUAUGACGUCCUUGAUAACUGGAAAGUGCUCAUCAGAGGACUCUCUCAACUUCUGAAUGUUGUUACAGUUUAUGGUUGCAGAAAGUGCCCUCAAGUCCAUGUUGGUCUGGUUGGCCACCAGAUCCAAGACUGCUAUGGCUCAGGAAGCCAGCGUCGGAACAGUCAUCACUCUUGGGCUAGAGGUUCCAUCAAUGAUGUUCUCAUCCCGAUUGAGUCUUACCAUCUUUUUGAUCCAUUUGGACGGAGAGUCAAGCAUGAGACCAGGUUUGAUUAUGACAGGAUUCCGGCAAUAGUUGAACUAUGUAUUCAGGCUGGCAUUGACUUACCGCAAUAUCCCUCAAGGCGACGGACUUCUCCUGUCAGAAUGAUAGGCAAGAAGGUGAUUAGCCGUGGCGAGUUUGUUGAUGAGCCCAAGCCACACCGGUCAGAAGACUGCGUGUCUCUGCUUGCUGAGCUUGACACAUUCAGCAACCAACAGGGCCAGUCACCUUCACCAUCCAAUGGGAAAGAGCUUGCAGAGAGGACACUGAAAGCAUACCUCAAUGUCAGGCGAGGCGUCGAACAGCUGAUGAGCAAGUACACUGUGAAAGCAUGUGGUUACUGCUCUGAGGUCCAUGUUGGUCCAUGGGGCCACAAUGUCAAGCUCUGCGGGGCUUUCAAGCACCAGUGGCGGGAUGGCAAGCACGGGUGGCAGGACGCAGUGAUCGACGAGGUCAUCCCGCCUAACUACGUGUGGCAUGUCCCUGACCCCAGUGGCCCUCCUCUCAGAUCCUCUCUCAGGAGUUUCUAUGGCAAAGCUCCCGCUGUUGUAGAGCUGUGUGUGCAGGCCGGAGCUGCAAUACCAGACGAUUAUAGGCCAAUGAUGAGGACUGACAUUGUCAUUCCAGACUCUGACGAAGCUCGGUGGGCUGCAUGAGAAGAACGUUCUACUUCUACCAGCAACAGAGUACAUUUGAACCAAAGAUGCCGUUUUCCAGGCAUGUUCUGGUAGUUGGGGCUGUUGAUACUGUAACCGUAAAGUUCAAGGAGCAGAAAAUGCAGUCUGUAUAACAUAAGUUGGCGAGUAUCAUAGCUAAAUCAUGGUCGAUCAGAAUUUUAAAUUGAUCCGAGGACCUGGUUUAAGUAUUCGUUGAAAGGUUUAGCGCAUGAACCGAAGACACACGGGAACAACCCUGAUUGCCUGAAAGUGAAAAAGGGUGGCCUCUGCAACAUGUAUGAUGUCCAUACCACCUUGUUUAAUGGCCACAGCUAGCUUUAUUCCUGUCUAUGCUAGACUGUGAGGCACUUAGAAUGCCUCAGGCGUUAUCAUACAGAUGGCCUCCCGUUUCUCUGCUGGUAGCAGGGUACCAUGCUUAAUUGUGAGCAAGUGCUUUGGAUUAAACUAAUCGCCAGCGGUUUGUUUGGGUAUUUGUGCGCCUGGUUGUAAUUAAUCAUGGCCUAAAAGGCUGUGAGCUUGUGCCCGUCCCCAGAUCGACACUUUGGGCGUAUGGCUACAUGUACAGUCCUACCAGAUCGUCGGCAUAUUGUGUUCUCCUUUUUGCUGUAUACUACUACUUUGUAACAUGCAUGUAGAUUGUAGAGGAUACUUAUUCAGUGCAGUUCACUAAUUGUGCUUACGAAAUGUUUUGAGCUGUUUAAAAAAAAAAGAUGCAUCCCUGCGUAACCAGUUCUGUGAUAACCAGCAGAUAUCCUAGAGGCUAGAGCACUUGCAGUGCACUUAUGUGAUCAAGCUUGUCAGCUGGCCCUCCUUUUCCUCCGUCGAUCCGCCAGCCCCCUCCCCUCCGGCGGCCCGCGGGGCGUCGGAGCGGCGAGGGGAGUCCGGCCCCUCGGCGGGAGGACCUUGUAUAGCCGUAGAUGUACAUCUUCGUGCUAGUGUGUCCCGGCGAUGGCUCCUUGGUCGCCGUCUAGGGUUAGGUCUCCUGUUGGUCAUCUUCGGCGGCGGCGGCGGCGGCGGCGGCGAGGUCGGCGCUCCUUCCGACGAUGGGCACUGGGCUUUGGUUCCCCUUGCUGAGGUCGACUUCGGCUUCUUGGUGAGGUGGAUUUUGCUCCUCCUCUUGCUCUCCGCUGACGGUGGCGACGACGCCGUCCCCGGAGUGCUUGAUGUGAGGGUUAGCUCGCCGCUGACCUUAGAGGUGGAGCUUUUGGGUUUUCUUCCUUCGCUUCUGGUGGUCUGGCCGGAUUUGUGGGUGCCGUGCUCUGGGUCAUCGAUGGCAACGGGUGUGUGGGUGGCCGGACUUCGUAGCUUGACGGCCGAUGUUCUCGUAUCGCGGAUUUCUUGCGGCUUUCCAAUGUGUGGAGUCGGCUUCUUGGUCCGAAAGGAGGUGGAUGCUGGAGGAUUGAUGAUCUGGCGCACGUUGUCAAGGUUCGGUGAGAAGUACUGGAAGAUGGGAAGAGAUGUGUUCUCCUUUGUUCUGGCAGAGGAUGGACCGGAUUCCUCUUACUUGGGGCUCUUUUCCGGGUUGAUGACGAUGUCACCAGCUGCGGAUUUACUUCGGAGCACUGAUUUUUUCAGUGGUGCCGAUUACUCUCUCUUCCAAGAUCUUGAUGGCGACGGCCAAUGCACGCCAGAGGAGAGAUGGAUUGCGGCUGCAAGCUGGAGGUCCCUGUCGAUUUCUUGGUUGAGUUCUUGUCUCAGGCGACGUGCUUCUUCUCCAUCUCCGGUGGAUCCAGUGGGAGUGCGCUGCCUGGGAGAUGCAGAGCAAAGGACCUUUGUUUCAAAUUUGAUUUUCUUUAGGGUCUUGUUUGCUUGUUUUCUUUUCUGGAGGAUUAGUGCUUAGGACUUGUUUGUAAUUUAUAAUUCCUCCAGGGAGAUGGUUGUAAGGGCCACGGUCUUCUAAUAUACGGGAUCCAGUCCCUUCGCAAAAAAAAAAGCUUGUCAGCUAGCCUUGAACUAAUCUUUCAAGCUUUGUGCAACUUUCAUUCUAGAGUAAUUUCAAAAAAAAACUUCAUUAUCAAUCUAUGAUUGAAAUUGUAUAAAAUGGAUGGUAGCUUUUGACUUGUAUAUGAUUUGGAUGAUGAGAAAUAGAGCCAUGUAGACCAAUUGUACGGUGAGAGAUACGGCACUAUCCUGAGUAACAAAUUCUAUGAUGAACUGCAGAUAUCCUUGACCCUUUUCAAUUACGACUACUGUAAACAAAUAUGUCAGCUAGGACUGAAGCUUGACUGCUUUAGAAAUAUGUGCAUCUUACAACAGUUUUGAAGAGCAUAUAGGGAUUCAGAGAAGAACAUUCGCGGCACAUCAUCAUUAGAGCUCGUAUCAUUAUUAUUUUGCUGGCCAAAGAAUCUGUCGUCACAUAACAGCCGAUGAAUCUAUGAUGCUGGCGCAAACAUAGAAAAAAAAGGAGUGGGCCUCUGCACUGCAAGUACACGAGUUUGAGUUGUCCCGGUAUAUACCUCGUCUCCCUUGCCCUAGGGCGAUUAGAAUACCGCGAGUAAAUACAGCUCGGAAUCAAGCAACGGACCGUGGGCGUUUGGGAAUCUAAUGGUCCAGUUGCGAAAGCUGCCGAUGUGGCUGUGUAUAAAUACGCGGCAGCAACGGCAGUGCUAGGCAUCAGCACUCGGGAGCUGUCAGCGCUGAUCGGCUCCCAAUCAGAGCCAGCCUCUCCGGCGAGCUCCUGCGCCGUAGUCAUCAUCGCCAUGGCUAGGGAAGAAGAGCUCAAGAGGAUUGAUCUGAAGGUGAACGUGAGCUGCUGCGAUGGGUGCAGGAGGAAGGUGAUGAAGGCCAUGAGCUUGAAAGGCGUGCUGAGGACGGAGAUCCAGCCGUCGCACGACAGGGUGACGAUCGUCGGCGAUGUGGACGCCAAGGUCCUCGUCAAGAAGCUGUCCAAGGUCGGCAAGAUCGCCGAGGUGCUGCCGCCGCCGCCACCGCCCUCCGAAAACGGCAAGAGGCGCGAGGAGGGCGGCGCAAAGGACGACGGCGACAGGCUGGCGCCGGCGGAGGAGAAGAAGAGCAGCAAGAUUAAGGAUGACGGCAAGGGCACGGGGGGCGACAAGGCCGCGGCGUGCAAGGAGGAGGAAUGCAAGAAGUGCACGCAGAAAGCCGCGCGCGCCUGCGACGCCGAUGGCGGCAGCGGCGACCACGCGGCCGGCGGGAAGGCGGCGGCGGCGUCCAAGGACGCCGACGCGAACGCCAAGGGCGGCGAGGGAGGAGGACGCGACGCCCACGGCUUCGGCGGCAAAGGGUCGGCGCUGGCGCGGCAGGUGCAGGUGCAGCAGCACUACCACCGCGCGGAGCCGGCGAUGGUGGUGCCGGUGCACGUGCCGGCGUACUACCCGCCGGCCCCUGCGCCGUACUACGGCGGCUACUACUCGAUGCCGCCGCCGCCGCCGCCCAUGGUCAUGCCGGUGCCGAUGGGUGUUCCACGGCAGCUCCGGCCGCAGCCCUCCCGCUUCGACGAGGAUUUCUUCAACGACGACAACACGGUCGACUGCCGCGUCAUGUGAAGCAAUCAACAUGGCCGACCCGGCCAGCGCCAUGGACGCCACCCUCAGCGCCGUUCCCGACCGCCCCGUAGCUUCAUUCCUUACCGUGUCAUUUUCCCCCCGAGCAGAUGGCAUCGAUGGCGAUGCGUCUGGCGCGCGUGCGCAGUGUAACAACUGUAACCAACCCAAGAAUCAAACGAAUUCUUUUUUCUCCGUUC